AUGGUCUACCAUGGUCCGAGUCGCGGAUGCAUGGUAUGCCGGAAGAGGCGCGUGAAGUGCGAUGAGGUACGACCACACUGCGGCAACUGUGUCCGUCGAAGACAGCAGCAACUUUGUGUAUACCGCAGUGGGUCCGACAAAGGUGGUCGGCGGGGCAGUGAAGAGUCCAAGACCACACAUGAACACUCCGACCAUUCAGUGAACGAGGAGGAUGAUACAAUACCAUUUGAGCCGAACGUAGUCCUACCGUUUGCGAGCUUGCAGCGUCAGAGCCACGACGGCGAAUUCGAGUCGUUGUGCUUCUUCUUCACGAAUUAUGUCAACAUACCACGAGAGAGCCAUACAAACCUUUUCUUGGAAGCAUUGCAACCUGUGUUCAAUGCCUCGUCGCCAGACUCACCACUUCGACACGCUACUACCGCCGUGGCAGUCACAAUUUCCGACUUUUGGAGGACGCUCGGGCCUUACUCUGGCAAUUCGAGGAGGUCAUGGGCUCGUGCCGUUGCAGCAACGCGAAGUGCGAUUUUUGACCCGGAGCUAUCUCGCAGCGAUGAGUUGCUGGCCGCGAUAUUCAUGCUUGACUUUUAUCAGGGCCUCAACCGACGGUAUGUGAACCUUCAAGAAGAUCCAGACCUGCAUCAGAAGGCUGCGGUUGCGUUAAUUCAAGCGCGUGGAAAGGACAACGUGAAGACAGACUCUGCUCGACGGUUGUACACGUCGCUGAGGUCGAAAUACAUCUUCUCGCAUCUGCAGGCACGAAAACGCUUGAGCUUAGAUGGAGCACUGAACCUACCGAUAGAACCAGGAGACUGGCCGACAACCAAACUGGAUAUGGUGAUGCUGGAAUUAGCCAACCUUUUGGCCGAUAUCGAGGACUUCUCCCAAAGGAGCCUUGCGUUCGGCGCUUUACAUGCCGACAUGAUCGAGAUGGACGACACAACAGAAGCAGAAGCGUUUCUGACGAGGUGCUUUGAGAUCAAAGCAGAGAUGGGAUCGUGGAGGCAAAGUGUUCCGCCCUCGUGGGAGCCACAUCGAAUAACAGACAUGGAGUCAAUCCACCACUCGAUUCGUGCCGUUGGCCUGUACAACGGACUGUGCGACGUAUACAGCUCUCAUACUGUGGCGCAGAUGAUGAACUUCUGGCGAACGAUACACAUCACGUUGCUUCGGGUGAUCAAGCAUCUUUCUUGGCAGGUCGGGCCGCAGUUCAUGCUGGAGAGUGCGCCAACGGACGCCGAGAUCGACGAUGAGAUCCAGAAGCUCGCGGACGACAUAUGUGCUUGUGUGCCAUUCCACGUGGGGAGUCGCACAACGUUUUGUUACCCAUACGAAGCCCAGAAUUACCCGCCAGUGCCAGGCUGGCUGAGAGAGUCAGCCGAUUAUAUUGACGGGUUGGGCAAUCCGACUCUCUUGACCGAUUCAGACCAUGCAAGAAGUGCUGCAGCGGCAGGUGGUUGGUUUCUGCUGACUCCCAUGACGACUUUGAUGGAAUACAGCCAGCCGUUUCCCUUAACGCCAGGUGCUGACAAGAGGUCAAUUUUGGAGCCGAUCAAGUUGCGGCCGGGCCAACUGCGGUGGAUCACAUCGCAGUGUCGGCGCAUCCACAAGAUCUACCUCAUUCCGUGGCCAUACGGAACGACAAAUCCAAGCACACUGGGAAGCUUGUCAACCUUGUCGCCGUACUGGGCGUUUCGAGAGGAAGGUUUUGCAAAUCCAGCCGCUGAUUCGAUAUCGGUGCCAGUCCACGAGAUUGUCGUGUGA